CGAAAACAAAAGCUUGGACCUGAUCCUCCAUCGUGUCGUUUAUCGUUUUCUCGCGGGCCUUCCUUCCUCCGUGGCUCCACAGGAUGUUAAGAAUGUAUUUGCGCAAGAUUACGAGAAUCUAUAUGUACUGCUGGGUUUUCUGACAUGCCUUUAGACUGAAAGUGAGAAAUGACGUAAAACCUUGGUUCCAGACUGUGACCAUUGACCACCGAUCGACCCACCAAAGCAUCGCUGACUUAUUCACUAUGGCAGCAUCUCUCACCACCAGACAUAAGAUAUUUCUCCUCUUCCUAAGCAUUAUCCUUACCCUGACUCUUGUCAGUCGGGUCUGGUACUCCAAACACUUGCAUGGGUUACUGUGCGCUGCCCGAACCUUCCACCACUAUGCCAUCAGUGACACACCUGCUGCAACUGACGUUGAGUCGAACGGAUAUUUGCCAGCCUUGGCUGCAGAGGUGGAGGAAUCGAAAGAGGAUGUGGCGGGCAAGAUAACCGACAUUAAGAAUCGCAUCCGCCAGCAGAGGAUAAUGGAGGAAAAAAAGGCUCUGGAGCAGGGCGUUAUGAGCCGGCAGAUGAAGAAGAGGUUGAAGAAGCAGAAGACUUCAUCUCCACGUUUAGCGGAUACAACGCGGAAACUCCCCCAGGCUAUUAUUAUAGGCGUACGGAAAUGUGGUACCCGGGCACUAUUGGAGAUGCUGGAGAACCACCCACAGAUAGCGGCCUGCGGUCCUGAGGUACACUUCUUUGACAAGAACUAUGACCGGGGCCUGGAUUGGUACCGGCGGCAGAUGCAGCCUUCUCUGCCGGGCCAGAUUACCAUUGAGAAGACCCCUUCUUACUUCAUCACGGAGACGGCGCCGGAAGACAUCCACGCUAUGAACAAAGAUGUCAAGCUGCUGGUUAUCGUCCGGGACCCCACCACCCGGGUGAUCUCCGACUACACCCAAAUCAUGUCCAAGGGGGUUUCCAAGAUGGUGGGCAUGAGCUUCGAGGAGACAGUCAUGUCUGAGGGGGAGGUGCGCACUUCCUACAAGGCAAUUCAGAUCAGUAUGUACAGCAAGCACCUGGAACGUUGGCUGAAGUAUUUUCCCCUCCGCCAGAUGCACUUCGUCGAUGGAGACAAACUCAUCACCGACCCCUUGCCAGAGAUGAAGAAGGUGGAACAGUUUCUCGGGAUCCCCGAUUUCAUCACGUCCGAUAAUUUUUACUUCAAUGCCACUUCCGGUUUCUACUGCUUGGCUGGUGAUCGCAACAGCAAGUGCCUGGCACCCAGCAAAGGGAGAGAACACCCGAAGGUGUCACCUGAGGUGAUACAAAAGCUGCAGGAAUUUUUCAGACCCUAUAACGAGCAAUUCUUUACGAUGAUCAACCAGCAUUUUGACUGGCCGUAGUCAUCAGGACUUGACAGUUGUAAUGCAAUUGGCCUGCAGAAUAGAGAGAAAACUUCAUUCUCUCUUCCGUUUUCUAAAGGCAUCUCCCAAUAUCAUUUUCAGGGUUGUAAAUUGUAUUAUUUGAAAGUGUAAUGUAAAUUUUUAAAGUUCUCCAUACUCUUUGGUGCAUCAGAAUUUCCAACAUGUCUACAAAAUGUAAAAUGAUGUAAAUGAAAAAAAAUGCAUGUAACACAACUUGUAUCUUUAAAGUAUUAGUGAAAAGGCCUUGAUGUCGAUAACGGCAUGCAUGUGUUCAUGUAUACGUAAAUAGGAAAUGUCUGAAAGAGAACAUUGUAAUAUCUUAAUUGCUAGCAGUUGUAACAUAGUAUUGUUGAAAUAAAACAGGAUUUUUUUUUUUUUAUAAAUCUUGGCACCAUUGGACAUUUAUAUAAACAUAAAUGUACAUACAUUGUAUACAUUUGUAAUAUGCAGCGCUGAUAUAAGAAAUGGUGUAUUAAGUACGACACUCAGCAUGCGUGAACUAUGAUUGAAUGACAGUGCAUGUGUCUGUAUAUAUUUAGGUAAGACUGAAUGUCUGUUGAACUUUUCUGUCAACUCUCCAUGCAUGUACACAUAACAUUAUCAAUGUUACAAUAUAAUCCUUCCAAAGCUGAAAUGCACCCCCAAUCGGUAAAAGAAAGACAGGUGGUUACAAAGCGGGUUCUUGUAAGCGUUCUGCGUGUAUGCAAAGACCAUACACGCCAGAAUAAAUUGGUUUCGUGUACUCGGUGCGCUCCGCAUCAAACGCGUGCAUAGUUCACACGCCUCAUGGCGUGCCUAGGCAGUGAGUAGCAAAUACACACGCUUAGAUACACGGAGCCAAAAUAGUCUGAUCACUCAUUGUUCUUGACACAUGACCCAUAUAUAUUGAGAUUUUGGCCUAAGUGAGGAUUGUUUUAGACAAACAUGUAUAUUAAUUUGUUUAAAUGUGUACUUUCAACCAGUGCUUGCAUGAUAUCGGACAUUGAUCCCCGUUUUGCUGUGAAAGGUAUGACUUAUCCUGGCUGAAAAUUAAGGUCAUGUUACAGAACCCAAUUGCUCUUUUAGGGGUGUAAUGUGAUUUUCAUUGAGUGAAGGCAGUCCAAUCAGCAAGGGGGACCUUACAGCUGAACUCAAGGCAAAGUGUCAUUGCUUGCUAUGGUAGGGUUGUGAUACGUUAUCAUUGAAAGCUGCCAUGUUGCCUCUAAGAAGUGGUGGUGAUUUAAAAAAAAAAAAACCAGUUUGUGAAGCAAACCUCUGAGCAAAGUACAAACUAGGGAGGUUCUCACUUCUUAUGACCAGUAUUGCUACUCAGAGAAAUGUUUUACUCCAAAUCAAGAGCACCAUGCGAAUCGAACAUUUCAAAAUAAAUUUGACACAUUUUUCUCAA